CCCAACAGAGGAAGGUAAUUAGCGGUGAUGAUACGAAUCUAAUAAAGAGUAUUAAAGCUAAUUUCUGACAUGCUGACAUCCUUCACAUAUUUAUUUACAUGCUGAUAAGUUUAAUAAAUGGUUCUAUGUCAAAGACAAACCACAUAAAGAUGGUUUAUAAAAUAAAUCAUCUAAUGUUCAGUCCUCUCCAUUUAAUUAAAUUACAUGGUGAAAUUGUUGUGGCAAGAUUUAUGCUAAGAAAUUAUCUCUAACACUGGUGCAUCUCACUGCAUUUUUAAGAAACAGAAAAUGUUACCAGAUAAAACUAUUGGUAUCAAUAUUUUUAGUGUGGCUUUCAGUUUUUUUCCACAAUUUUGAGCCACCACAGCAUUGAAUUCAAGCCAUUUCUACAUGGCAGAGAAUACAGAAGGAUUGAGGGAUGAAAUAAGAACUGGUCAAAGGUUUCAGUAAACAUAAGCAGAUUUAAAUCCCACUCAUUUUAUUUAGAAAACAUUGCUUAAAGCAAGGUAGUGAAUCCUAAAAUAGACUAAAUGAGCAAGAUUACUGAAUGAUGGCACCAGAAUUCUUAUUUCUGUAGUCUAGCCCUUUAAAUAUGCUAUAGUUUAGAUAAAAAUCCUAUUGAAAUUUUAAUAAUCCAACUACACUGAGUCAGAUCAAAACCAAGCCCUUUGUGUGUUUUGCCCAACUUAGAAAACCAGUGUAUCAAGUUUUCAAUCACUCAACUGUCUUUUCAGGCGACCAUGUGGCAUUUUUGGACAAAGUUUACCUUGGCCCUGGUGUACAUGGCAACUCCAACAUCUGGCCAAAGUGGAGAUGGUGACUGGGGUUCAGGCUUGGACAUCCACACUGCCUCAAUGGUCAUCAAUAGCACGUUGCAAGCUAUUGGCGAUGAGCCUGUGAUGGAGAAAACCAGCAGUGACUCAAAAAUGACAACAAUAUCAUUACCUUCACCUCCGCUACACUUUGAGCCCCAACCUGAUAAGUGUUCUGUUCACUUCAGCACUAACGCAGCUGCUGUGGCUCGACAACUUAAGGCCCACAGAGAGGAGCUGACUUAUCUACAAGCCAUACAGCAUGGAAAUAAGGCAGUGGUGGAGAACUUAGAGCAGUUUGUGGGUGCAGAGCUGGGUGAUCAGAGUUAUGAAGAUGUGAUCAAGGAAAAUAUCAUUGGCAUCCAAGAGGACCACAAGAGCUGCAAUGAAGUGGUGGGGAAAGCCGAAGUUGACCUUAAAAAGCAGUUGGAGGGAGAUGUUUUGGACUCCUCUGAUGGGAUGCAGAAGAUCAGAGAAGAGUCCUUGGCUUUUGAGGACAUGCUUCGUACAACAGCGGGCAUCGCCAGCCGGUUGGAGAGUUCAUCACAGGCCCUGCAAGCUUCACUAACCCGGCAGCUGAAAGACAUUUCAAAAUUGCACCGCUAGCAAAGAGUCCACAAGAGGUUCAGAACUGUUCAAAAGUUUCUGUUAUAGUGAAAGAAGUCUGGCACCCUGUUUGAAGCUAGAAUAAGGGUACUAAACCUUCUUGUUAAUUCUACCGUCUCAUUUACCUUCUUUUUCUCUGUUUGGUACACGUCUUCCAUAGCAAUGAGAUGCAACAAUGUGUCAAAGUGGGACUCUACAUUAACACAGAUUAUAAACAUGAAAGGUAUCUUUGAGCACAAAGGUUUGGCAGGUCAUAGUAAAGAAAUGCUGAGUCUAAAAACACAAUGUUCCUUUCAAGGAAACUACAAAACCACAAUUCAUGGCAUUACCAUUCAACCAGGCAUCAUUUGAGGAAUAUGAUCAGGCCAAAUAGGCCAACAGCAUGGGGUUUGCAUCUGAGCCAAGAUGAAUAAUAAUGAAUAAAACUAUAGAGGGCUUUUCAAGAGCAGACACAUGGACUGCAAAUCUACUCAAAAAUAAUCUAUGGAUUAGCCAUCUGGUUCCAGGGUAAGGAGGGAGGUUUUGUCUUUGUAAAAUAUAAUUUUACAAAGACCGGUCCUGCAAUGUAACAAUAAAAGAAAGGUGGGGGGUAUGUAUUCAAUUUGAUCAAUUAAUUUCCACAAAAUGUUUUUUGCAAGAACUGAUCUAUUCAAAUGUAAUAAUGACCAUUUCCUUACAAACCGUGGUCUAUAAAGGAAUUAGUUCUGGUAGAAGUCAUGAAAAGGGUCAUGCUUUGACUCAUAAAUGGCAAAUUCAGUGCCAGGAAAUGCAGCUUCUGGUGAAUGCUUACUCUAUGUGAUUCAUAUUUGAGCCAAUAAAGCACAGUUUUACUGCAAGAUUGCAAUUACAUGUUUAAAUAUCGUGUUAUUCGAGCAGGGAGCGCUAUAAUAUCCCUCAUUGUAUUUAUUCACCUAGUCUGCCCUCUAGCUGUUUUCCACUGACAUAUCUCAGUGUAAUGAGGGAGCAUGUGUCACUCAUUUAUUUGCGAUUAAAAGAAUCAAUAGAAACAG